UCAAAGUAAUGCCAAAUUAGCUCAGGGUACGGAUCAAAAAUUUUUAUUUCCAAAAUUCUAAAAUAAUAUUAUGAGUUUUUUGUGACCCAUUGUUAUUAUUAAUACACGAUAUAACAAAAAUUUUAAUAAUGACGCGAUGUAGCGUUCCUCUGUGUAGGGAAAAGGCAAACCAUAGUUUCCCGAAAGACGCAGAACUAAGAAGACGAUGGCUCGAGGCUAUAAAGCGCGUUGAUUUUGUUCCAAAAGGAGCAAGAGUCUGUCGAAAGCAUUUUCAUGAUUCCGACUACAUGAGGCCUGUUGGCUUUCCUGGCAUAUACGCAGGUAAUAAGAAGGAAUUCGACAAUGCGGGCAUCUACACAGGGCGAGCGCCACUCCACAGGUUCCUGAAGAAGAAUGCGGUGCCAUCGAUUUUCGAAUGGAAUUCAAGUUCAUUAUCAAGACUGAAUCUCGCAAGGCUGAAGCGACGAAAAGGUCGCAGACACAGGAAAUAUCGUGAAAGAAUCUCCAGUGAUAGCCAAAAACGUGACUCUAUGGAUGCUGAUGAUUCUCAUGACAAAUGUAGCAACAGCACUAGAUCGCAUGCACAGAGUCAUCACUGCCACGGCUGCUCUAAAUAUCUGGUGCGAGCUCAAUGCACGCAGACCUCAAACAGCUUGAGAUUAUUUUCUGCAAAAGAUUUAGUCACCGAUGAUGAAUCUGUAUAUUUCUACACGGGGCUAGACACAUAUGCACAAUUCACACUUCUUCUGUCAACUCUUGUGCCAAUGGCCUGUGACAUCAAGUAUAGGUCAAGUGACUUAUGUAAUUUGUCCAUUGAAGAUCAAUUUUUAAUAUUACUUAUUAAGUUGAGGCGUAGCAAGCCUGACUUUGAAAUAGGUAAAAUGUUUGGUGUAAACAAAUGUGAUGUCUGUAAUGUCUUUAUUACUUGGGUGAAUUUUGUUUGUGAUAACUGGAGAAGAAUUAGCUUCUGGCCUAGCCAUCAUUUGGCUAGUACACACUUGCCUUCUGUGUUUAGAGGCAGUUGUCCUACUGGCAUUGUGGACAGCAAGACCAGUGAGAUUCCUAUAACAAUGGAGAGUCAACAUAAUGCAGUGAAGGUAUCAUUUAGCCAAUACAGGUUCAAGGAUAAGUUAAAGUUCCUGGUAGGAUGUUCUGCGGAGGGCCUCUCCAUUUAUUGCACUCAACUGGAGCCUCCUGUGUCCCUGACACCGGGUGAGGGUAAAGAAGAAGGUUUAUUGAAGAGUGUCAACCAUGAAGCUGCUAAGACUGUUCCUGUGGACAAACUAAUAGAUAUGACAAAAACAUAUAAAAUAUUAGCAUGUGCACUAAACCAGACUUAUAACCCUUUGUCUGUAAAAAUAUUUUGUAUUUGUGUUAUGCUUUGUAGAUUCAAGGAAGGUUUUGUUGGUAAAAAUACUGCAUAAAUCA